ACAACGAGAUCUCCCCUCUAAGCACGCACAGGCUCACUGCUUGACGAUGGCGAGGCUCACUGCUUGCUUUGUUCUGUCAGGCAUCCUACUGCUUGCCACCGGGAUUUGUUCCGGAAAUGGGCAGAUCGUCGAGGAGCCGUUUCCAACCAAUCCGGUUACCGGGUGUUUGCAGUUUCGUCCUGAUGGUCAUCUUCCCCUUACCUGGCCUGUGCCUUGGGUAUUCGAGUUCCUUGCCAAGUUGCCGCCGUUGAGGAUAAUCAGCAAGGGAGACCCAAGCCUGAGCAUAGCCGCUGAUGACAACGGCAAUGUUUUUCUUGCCAAAACCAACUGCUCGGACCUCCGACAGCUGUGGGUUCAGCAUUUCCCCUACCCUGGUGAGAAUCGAUUCGCGCUGGUGAACCUCGCCAAGGAAUAUGAGAUGCGGGCACCCAUGAUCCUUGAAGACGGUCCUUACCCGAUGAAGCUAGGGAAAUAUGCGCCCUUGGACGUGCCUGCGUAUGCGUUGUGGACGCAAGACACCCCGCUCUUAUGUGCUGGCUUUUACAAGAUACGGUCCUGCUACAAAGAUGAACGUUUGGUCCUGGACGGACUACAUGGGAACGUACACGAGGGCACAGUCGUAGGGGCCUAUCCUGCUGACCAUUCUGCGGAUAACGUCCUAUGGAAGAUGGAAGGCUUCUUGUCUAAUCAUCCUUGAUCCAGUUUCAAUGCAAGUUAAUACUUUUUUUUUGAGGAAAAUGCAAGUUAAUACUAUUGGAGUAUCUGCUGAAGACAAUCAAACAAAGCUCGAUCCUCCACCCACAUGUUUCUCGAUCGGCCUGGAGUUUUUUUCCUGGAGUUUGUGACCUGUUUACUAGAGUUUGUUUCAAAAUAUCAUCUGCUUGGAUGCUUACAUGUUUCAAAUUCCCACGUAGAAGUAGAAUAAACACGCCUGUGUGCACACAGGAUGAUGAUAUUUGUAUUAUCAUUAUAUAUUACCAAGAUUGUUAUUAC